CGUCACGUGGCCCGGCCGGCUGGGGGAAGGGAAGCCGACCGGCGGGCCAUGGCGGGCUCCACGCUCAGGUUUUCGCUGCUGCUGGCGGCAGCGUUCGCUGGGCGGGCGACGGCCCUGUGGCCAUGGCCCCAGUACAUUCAGACCUCUGAGCUGCGGUACACCAUCUUCCCGCACAGCUUCCAAUUCCAGUACCAUCUCAGUUCGGCCGCGCAGGUGGGCUGCUCCGUCCUAGACGAGGCCUUCCAACGCUACCGUGACCUGCUCUUCGGUUCCGUGGCUUUCCGUUUUUCCCACCCCAUAGAAAAACGGCAUACGUCAGAGAAGAAUUCAUUGAUGGUCCUCGUCGUCACUCCCGGAUGUGACCAGUUUCCUUCUUUGGGGUCUGUAGAGAACUACACACUGACCAUAAAUGAUGAGCAGUGUCUCCUCCUCUCCGAGACUGUCUGGGGCGCCCUGCGAGGUCUGGAGACAUUUAGCCAGCUUAUUUGGAGAUCUCCUGAGGGCACGUUCUAUGUCAACAAGACGGAUAUUGAGGACUUCCCUCGCUUUCCUCACCGGGGCUUGUUGCUGGAUACGUCUCGCCAUUACCUGCCACUGGCUAGCAUCUUGGACACUCUGGAUGUCAUGGCAUACAAUAAAUUCAACGUUUUCCACUGGCAUCUGGUUGAUGACUCUUCUUUCCCAUAUGAAAGCUUCACUUUUCCAGAUCUCACCAAAAAGGGGUCCUACAACCCUGCCACCCACAUCUAUACAGCACAAGAUGUGAAGGAGGUGAUUGAAUACGCACGGCUUCGGGGUAUCCGGGUGCUGGCAGAGUUUGACACUCCUGGCCACACUCUGUCCUGGGGGCCAGGUGUCCCUGGAUUAUUAACUCCUUGCUACUCUGGGUCUCAUCCCUCUGGCACCUUUGGGCCCGUGAAUCCGAUUCUCAACAAUACCUACGAGUUCAUGAGCACAUUCUUCUUGGAAAUCAGUACUGUCUUCCCAGAUUUUUAUCUGCAUCUUGGAGGAGAUGAGGUUGAUUUCACCUGCUGGAAGUCCAACCCAGAUAUCCAGGCCUUUAUGAAGAAGAAAGGUUUUGGUGAUGACUUCAAGAAGCUGGAGUCCUUCUACAUCCAGACGCUGCUGGACAUUGUCUCUGCCUAUGGCAAGGGCUACGUGGUGUGGCAGGAGGUGUUUGAUAAUAAAGUGAAGGUGCGGCCAGACACGAUCAUCCAGGUAUGGCGAGAAGAGAUACCAGUGAAAUACGUGAAGGAGAUGGCUCUGGUCACCCGCGCUGGCUUUCGGGCCCUGCUGUCUGCCCCCUGGUACCUGAACCACAUAACUUAUGGCCCUGACUGGAAGGAGAUCUACCUGGUGGAGCCCCUGGCAUUUGAAGGUAGCCCUGAGCAGAAGGCCCUGGUGAUUGGCGGAGAGGCCUGUAUGUGGGGAGAGUAUGUGGACAGCACAAACCUGGUCCCCAGGCUCUGGCCUAGAGCAGGGGCUGUUGCCGAGAGGCUGUGGAGCAACAAGAUGGUGUCCAACCUGGACUUUGCCUUUAAACGUCUGUCACACUUCCGCUGUGAGCUGCUGAGGCGUGGUGUCCAGGCCCAGCCCCUCAGCGUAGGCUACUGUGACAUGGAGUUUGAACAAACCUGAGCAAGUAGCCCCCGGCACCAAGGAGGGUACUGGCCCUAGGAGAGCGGAAGCGGGGCCAGGCGUCCACUGCACCCCGCCCGGGGGAUGGAGCCCCUUGCCCGCGUGCCCCUGUGCCUAGAGACAAGGGGGCUGGUGCUGGCGCUGGUGUCCAAUAAAGAGUGAUGUGGCAUUUUUCUAUAACAAA